AUGAAGCCCAAACCGGCCCGCUGGACAAUUGGGAAGCUGAGCUGCCAGUAUUGUGGGGCUCGCGCAGGGGGGUUGGACUUUCACUUUGUCAGCACUGCAGUGCAAAAAAUGUACCGGACUGCCCGGCACCGUUCACCUCCGAGCGAGGCUUAUCGAGACGGUGCUGCUGCUGCUGCUGACACACCCGACGAAAUCGCACGGAUAACGGACGCCCUCUGUCUGGAAGCGAGAGCGCAGCUUGCGGACAUUAAAGCCUCCGGUGAGGAAGCCCGUUCAUCCACGCUGCGGUGGCCUCCUGGAACCACGGUCACCAGCGCUGGGGCACACAGGAAGGCCCGCAGCCUGGACUACAAGAGCGGGGACGUUGGGACCAGGGGCCCACGUCAGAGCCUCUCUGGGAGUCUGUCUGUCCUCCCCCAAACUCACACUCCCGAGUGGGCAAGCCUGCCUGUAACUCACCCAUGUGCUGACUGCCAGAGGGCCUCUUCCAGUUAUGCCACCAGGAGGGCCUCAGGCCUGACCCUGCCCACGCCACCCCCCCUUGGCUCCGAGCCGAGCCCCCCCGGGGCGUCACCGGGGGAACGGGGCGUCGGCCCGGCCCCCGCCCUGAGGAGGCGGGUCCUGUCGCACAGCAGCACGGAGCAGGGGGAGGAGGAGGAGGAGCGGGAGGAGGAGGCGCAGAGGGCCGGGGUGCUGCAGGUCAGCCCAGGCCUGGCCACCUCCUUGCUGACCCCCGCGGUGGAGCGCAGGCUGAGUAAGAGGGAGCGGAACCGCAUGAAGAUCCUGAGGAGGAGGCAGAGGAGGAGAGACCGCUGGAUACAGAGCCAGCUGCAGGAGCACAGACAGAGUUCGACGGGGAACGUGACGACGAGCAGCAGUGAGGACGAGGACCUGCCGGCGGGAGACAGGGACGGCUUCAUCUGCGCCGUGUGCCUGGACGUCUACUUCAGCCCCUACAUGUGUCACCCCUGCAACCACGUCUUCUGUGAGCCCUGCCUGCGCACCCUGGCCAAGAACAGCCCCGCCAACACGCCCUGCCCCCUCUGCCGCACCCUCAUCACUCACGUCUUCUUCCAGAAAGAACUCAAUCACACCACCCGGACCUUCUUUCCCAAGGAGUACCUCUCCAGGAAGCAGAACUUCCAGAGAGCCAGCUGCUCAAAAUGGCCUCUCCCCAGCUGCAGAAAACUCUUCCGUAUAUUUGGGGGGUUCCGACGGCAGGCCAGCCCCAUCACCCGGCGGCAGUUCCCUCACGGCGGGUAUCGCCUGGAUGCCCUGGACCUGGAGGACGACUCGCGCGGCUGGCGCUUCGACAUGGACAUGGUCAUCAUCUACAUCUACUCCGUCAACUGGGUCAUCGGGUUCAUCCUCUUCUGCUUCCUCUGCUACCUCUUCUUCCCCUCCUUCUGA